AUGUGGAGUAAUACAAGAGUAUCGAGACUAUUCCGAUGGACUGCUCGAGUGCGCCCAAACGUCAGGCUCUCCUUCGAACGACCAUCUCGACGACUACUCCAGACGCACGCCUUCAAACUCCUAAUGUCUUCCGUCGUAUUCGGUGGUAUCUACCCCAGGGUUGAACAAGAAGAUAUCGCAGGCACGAAAGCGCACGAGAGAAUACUAUUCAAAUUGUUUUUUGUCGACCAACAUGGAGUCGAAACGCAUGCUGCAUCUACUCUGGUGCCCUACCAAUCGAACUACGAGCUAAUUAUACAUUCCGCUCGCCUUUCUUUGGACAAGCACAAUCUUGACUUGAGAGGAGGGCAGUGGGAGAGGCACAUCGCCACGAAGUGUGUCGUUCCUGGUGACCCGAGCACCGUUUGGCCCAAGAUCACGUCUCAAGAGUGGCCUUUGAUCACGCCGUCAGACGCCAUUGGCAUCUUCGUUUCUCGAAGAAGUCCUGAGACGCAGAAACAUGCCAGCAAGGGUGUGUGGACAGCCGUCUCCGCCCCAGCCAGGACUGUCAAAUUGAUCAGUGUUACCAUGGAGGGAGGGGAUCACGGUGUCCUCGUGGCCUUACCAGCGACAUAUGAGGACCUUCUCGCCGUGGUCAGCAAAGAGUACGAGUUCGAAGGCGAUCCGAAGGAGGUGCUGCGUUUUUCUACCUACAUGCCAGACCCGUCUGGAGGCGGUUCCUGGGUUGUACUGACGAAAUCCGCUUUUAAUACCCUCCUUGACGUCCAUCCAACCGAGAUGUUAUAUCUCUUUGUCAGGUUCCUUUAA